GAGAGAGAGAGAGAGAUAUUUGAAAUUACCAUUAUUCCAUCGUUUACAUGAAGAAAUUAACUUUUUCAUUUUUGUAUUUUCAGAGAGAUCACCGACAUCAGUAAAUCCACCGAGAAGACUGGUAGCAAAUGGUCGUGGUAGUCAGCAGAAUCGUGUCAAUAGUUUCGACACGAAGAAGAACUGUGUAGAAAUUUCGCCCAUCAAUCUCGAGAAGAGUCCCUCGGCGACGCGGAAACCGACAAUAACGAGGAGAAUAAGUACUGUCUCUGCGAAGCAACAUAGUUCAACGACAUCGAUAAAAGAUCGCGAAACUAAGGAGCACAGUAACAACUAUGUGAUGACAAGAGCGUCCUUAGAGACGCGUGAUCAGGCCGCACAAACCGACAUACCUUACGAUGCAUUUCAUGUAAAACGGGCAGAACAAAUUGUACAAGCCCUUUCUAUCACUGUACAAUAUUUGGCCUACGAGUUGGACGCCUUUUCUACCCCAAAACUAAAGAAAGAUUACGAAAAAAUGAAAAAGGAAUGGAUGUCUCUGUGCACGGAGGUAGAGGAAUUGAGAGCUAAAAACCUCGGCAUUGAAGAUAGACUCGAGUCGGAGAGGGAGAAUCAUCGAAAAGCCUUGGACCAGCUUCGUGAAGAUCUGGAAGCUCGACAAGCGGAGCAAAUUGCCACAUUGGAAGCAGCCCUGCAGGAGGAGAGGCGCAAAUGCGAGGUCAGGCUGCGUGAUUCUCUAAACGAGGCCGUAAAGGAGCAUCGAGCCGCGGUCACGAAAUUGCGAGCUGAGCAAGAAGCAGAACUUAUACGAAAAGAAACGGAGUUUAAGAGAAGAUCUGUCGUUCACGAUCAAGGGGCUGCGCUCACCGCAGAAGUAGAGUCUUUAAGAUCGGUGCUAGAAAUUCGAAGCCAAGAAAACGCUACUUUGAGAUCGGAUCUUGAUAACAUUAAACGAGAGAUCGAGGACAAGGAAGCUUUGCAACAACGUGUAGACACACUCGAGGCCAGAUGCGAAGAUCUAAAGGCGCAACUUCAGUGCAAAGAAGCUUUGGAGAGGCAGAUAUCUCAUGAUAACGAGAUGCUACACGAGUCGAUUCACCAAGUAUCCAAGCAGAAUAAGCGUUUGGCACAACGUAACGAGGAACUGCAAUGGAGACUGCGUCAAAAAAACGAAGUAGUGACCGUUCUUGCGAAUCUGACGCCUAGGCUUUCUCGUUCUUUAGGCCCGGAGCACGUCGAACACAGUCUUUCACCCGACAAGAACGGUCCACAAUCAUCAUCCAUGGUUAAGUUUAUGGUGGAGAAGGGCGAUUCGGUUUCGUGGACGUUAGAAAUCGAUGAUGAAUUUUCAAAAGGUGCAUCGGACACGCCGUCAUUAGCAACGCCACCUAAAAUGGGUAGAUCGGAAACAACGACAGCAGUGUCGAGACAGGGAUCACUCCGAUUGACAUCCAGAAGACCUUCCGUAGAUAUGAGAGCAAGGUCCAAAAGUAUUUCUAUUACGGAUUCCGCACAAGUAGAGGAUUCCCAUUGGUCGCCUACGUUUAAUUCUACGCCAAAUACUCGACGAAGACCCAGAAGCGAUCCGUCUUCUUCUGCCUCGUCUACUUCUUCAUCGUCAUCUUCCUCUGCGACGGCAGUAACCACGAAUUCUGCAAUGGCCGUUGCUGUUGCAGCCGCGGCUGCAGCUGCCGCAGCCGCCGAAGAUUGUGGCGCAGGACAAAGGCCUCAGGAAGCAGGUGGUGAAGCAAUGAUUUCAGAAGAGACGUCUGCCACGAGUAGCGAGGACGAAUCGUCCACGAGUAGCGAUAUUCCUCCAUUACCGAUACAGUUUGCUUGGGGUAAACCAAUCAAGUAACGCUCUCGCGAUCCUCUCGCUUAGCACCUAACAUUUCGAUUGCGAAGGGUUAAUGUAAUUCGAUUGGAAUAAAUUUACUCGACAAUUCCAUAAUGAUUUUGUGGCAAUUACUCCAAGUAUUCCCGAGAGUAAUGCAAUAUCCUUUUAUGCAAAUGAAUGUUUAUACGGUUAUUUCAAACAUUGUACGCGCACUUUUUCUAUUACUUCUGUACCUGUGACUGUACAUUGUGUUCGAUCGCGAACAGAUGGAAAGUGUGUCCUUACCACUUUUGAUGAUAUUUCGUCGUGAUUAUGUAAUUGGUCAAAUCGGUUGAAGAUAAAGAAGUUGGUUUUUAUUUACGUGUUUAGAGUAGAUGAACGAUUUUUAUGGUGUUACGAUAUUUUUUCAAAUUAUGACUCUUUGUGAUACCACGAUUACUAGACCGACCUCUGUAUCUUCGCAUCGAAUUUGCUCUUCCCUUGUUUCAGAGAUUUCAAUACAUGAGAGAUCGCGCACAAUAAAUAGCUUGCUACAUACAUGUUUAAACAAUUUUAUUUUAAAUAUUUGCGUCUAUAUAUAUAUAUAUAUAUAUACGCAUAUAUGUAUAAUAUAUAUAUUGUAAUAACAAAGUUCUUUUUUUGCGAUCAUAGGUACUAAGAAUCUUGUUACAUUUUUCCUUUUUGUGUUUGUUUCAUAUAAGAGGUGAAUAGAGCAAAAUUAAAUUACGUUUUGAUAUUUGUAUUUUAUUAUCCUUCAGAUAGAAAAAAUAUUUGUAUUUUAUUAUCCUUCAGAUAGAAAAAAUGCGCGUAAAAGUUCGACUAAUUUCGUUCGAAAAUUGUUUGUCAGUUUUGAUGUAGACGUUACGGGCUACUGGCAACUACAAGCCAUGUAUUUUUCAAAACCGAGUUGAAUCGGGUCACUGUUUGUUUAAUUCGCGGCACUUUUACACAUGUCCAUUUUAUAUAAGGUAUGAUGCGUUUAUAUUACAUCUGUACAUAAAUAACAACGAUGUUUAUAAAUUAAUUAGUCUUUAUCGCAAAUAUUGUAAAUAGACAACGACUGUCAAAUCGAUCCUGUUCUCGAAAAAAAAAAAAAUUGAAUCGAUGAGCAAUUCACUAUGCUUAUUGAAGAAAGCUAUUCGUCAUUGAUAUGCAGCUUACCGAACAAUACGAUUAUUAUGGUUGGUUGCAUUAAAUUAAUUACUUGUCAGUCUUUUAAAACAUGAUAACCAGUUAUUGUCAAAAUUAAGAUUUUUGUAACGCUGAAAUUUCAUUUGGUUGUAAUACGCUUAUGCAAAGAAUUAUUUUAUAUUUGCAAUAUAUUUCUGACGUAAAAAGAGCAAGUUAAUAAUAUUCGUAAUGUACAUAUUUUAAUUGAUAAAUAUUGAUGAAUUGAUACAUUUGUCUGUACUCCUUUUUACGCAACCAAAUCUACCAGAUUAUGCUAUUUCAACUGUGACUUGUAAACCAAUCGUUAUGUGAAAAAAUAAUCGGUUGGGUAAAGAGUUGAUAUUUAAAGAAAACAAAAGAAAAAAGAAACUCCGUUCCAUGGACAAGAGGAAAAGUAUGUUCGGUAGCAGUAGUGUAGGACUAAUUGGAAAGUGUCGAAUAUAAGAACAAGCAAGUAUUAGUCGCCGAGAAGUGUUUUCUCUCACUUGUGCUGGCAAAUUCAAUGUAUUAUAUACCUAUCAAAUAAAUAUUAUCUGAAUUAAA